AUGACGGAGGUGACUGUGAUGAGCCAGAAGGAGAAAUCAGUCUGCAAUCACCUCAAGGCCUGGCGCCAUGGCUCCAGCGCUGAGGCUUCCUGGCGGUGCCUGUUUCCUGAGCUGUCAAACCGGAGCGGGAAUAAGGUUUCGGUCCAGACUCACUUCUGGGCGCCCAGCCACCGGCCACUGGGAGCCCGCCAGGGGACGCAAGACUUCUCCUGCUCCAACCUCCUGGGCUUGACCAACAUUAUCAAGCAGCUGAGUCUGGGCAUCUUCCACCCGGCCUUCGCCCCCAUCGAGUUCAUCAAGCAGAGACUGCAGGAGCACCUGCCCGCUGACGCGCACAUCCUGGCCUCUCAGCAGCUGGGUAUCUCACUGACCCGCUGGUCCGACGGCCAGAACAUCAUAGUUACCAACUUCGCCACCCGCGAUGAGCUCAUCCAGGCCUUGGUCUGUACCUUAUACUUGCCUUUCUACUGCGGGGUGAUUCCCCCUGAAUUCAGAGGGGAGCGCUACUUAGAUGGUGGUCUGAGCAACAACACACCCUUCGAGGACUCCAGCUCCACCAUUACCGUGUCCCCCUUUGCUGGCACCCAGGACAUCUGUCCUGAGAGCACCUCAGCCAGCCUGCACGAGCUGAACACGUUCAACGCCAGCGUCCAGCUCUCCACCAAGAAUGUCUUCCUGGCGUUUGUCUCCCUCAUCUCCCCCAGUCCUGAGAGUGCUCCCGUGGAGACGGGCAGGGCUGGAUUCCGGGACCCUCUGCCCAUCAGGCUGGACCUGGAGACGGACGUCAUUUUUCAGAGGGAGAGACCGAAGCGGGAGCGAGGACUCACCAAGGAUCCAACACUGUGGGGUUUGGUGUCUAAGGACCCUCCAGUCCCCGCUGAAGGCACCCAGGAUGCUGGUUGUGACAGGGGUGGGAAGGCUGUCCUGGCUUUGAACUGGGCGGUGCCCAACGUGUUGGUCAAGGACGUGCCCAACUUUGAGGAGCUCACGCCAGAACUGGAGACUGCCCUGAGGAAGGCGUGCAUGAGGAAGUCCAGCCCCUGGGCCCACUUCUGGCAGUCAGGCCCCGGACUGGCGCUCACGUACCUGCUGCUGCCCUGCACACUGCCCGUGGAGUACGUCUACUUCCGUUUCAGGAGGGUGGUGGCCUGGCUGCCUGACGUGCCAGCAGACCUGCGCUGGACGGGGGGCCUGCUGAGGCUCGCAGCCUGCGAGCUCUACUCCAGGACAAAGGCCAGGCUGCUCAGGGCUGUCAGUCCCUCCACCAUCGUCACAGAGACGGGUCUCAGGCCUGCAGAGGGCAAGUGGUUCCACUGCUUUGCCAGCUCGCUGCCUGUCCUGCCAUUGUCCCCGUGUGAGGCUGGCCACGUGUGGUCUGGUGGACUGCGUGGCCCUGUGCCUGGCACACUGGCUGGAGACCCCCACAGUUCCCACUCACACGGCAGCCUCUUUUCCAUCAGGGAAGUCAGCCCAGCCUCCCUGGAGGAGCCUAUCCCCGGAGCCAGGUGUACUGGGAUACGGAGCUCGGGCCGCUCCCCUCCCGCACCCCGCCCCCAGCUCCUCAAGCCCCUGUGUAACCAUCGGAUUUUCCUCUGCAGCUCUCCAGUCACCACGUUCCUGACAGCAAGUGCCCUCCAGCCUGAGGUGGCUCCUGUGCAUUCAGCCCUGCAGCCCAGACCCACGUACCAGGCCUGA